AUGGGGAUAUUAAAGGCGAUAAAUGUUUCAUAUCCAGAAAAUGCUCUACUUACUGAGGCCGGAAUAUUUUGUGCACUGUGCCUCGUCGAAGUAAUUCGAAUUUUUCUAGGAAGACGUGGAAACUUAGCUAGCAAAAAAAUUCCAGUGUUUUUCUCAGUGGUACUAACCAUACCCUGUGCAGUUGGUGUGUGCUAUUUCCUCAUUUAUCAGACUUAUAUUUUAAGGCUAGAAUAUAUUUGGUGUGCUGUUAUGCUCAUGUUCCAUGCUUUAGAACUUACAUUUGCCAUUUUAUUUAUUUUCACUGUUUGUAAAAACCAACAAUUUGAA